AUGACGUUGCGCACGCCGUCGCCAAGCAGCCUCUAUGGCUUGGUGGACAUGGGCAGCAAUGGCAUCCGGUUCUCCAUCACCGACCUCUCGCCUGCCACGGCCCGGUCUCUGCCCACCGUCUACCAGGACCGCGAGGGCAUCUCGCUCUUCGACGCCCAGUACUCGUCGGGCGGCGUCCGGGGCCCCAUCCCCCAGGAGACCAUCGACGCCGUGCUGUCGUCGCUGACCAAGUUCAAAACGGCGUGUGCCGACUUUGGCGUGCCCGAGCCCAACAUCCGCGUGCUGGCCACCGAAGCCACGCGCACAGCGGAGAACUCGGUCGACUUUCGCCAGCAGAUCAAGGACGCCACCGGGUGGGAGGUCGACAUGCUGCCCAAGGAGGCCGAGGGCACCAUCGGCGCCAUGGGCGUGGCCAGCAGCUUUGCGGAGGUCGAGGGGCUGGUCAUGGAUCUGGGCGGAGGAAGCACGCAAAUCACCUGGAUGAUCGCCAAAGAUGGCCACGUCCAGACCAGCCCCAAGGGCAGCAUCUCGUUCCCCUACGGCGCGGCCGCCAUGACGCGACGACUGCGAGAACUCUCCCUUGCUCCCGACCAACACCAGCACACGUCCCCCGGCGUCCAGCAGUCAGCAUCAUCACCCCAACAACAACAGCAGCAGCAACAGGAACUCCUGGCCGAGGAGAUGAAGGCGCAGUUCCGCCAGGCCUACGACGACCUAGCCGUCCCUGAGUCACUCCGCCACAAGGCCCAGCACGGCGGCCUGACGCUGUACCUCUCCGGCGGCGGGUUCCGCGGCUGGGGCUACCUGCUCAUGUCGCAGCACAGCCGGGUGUCGCCGUACCCGAUCCCCAUCAUCAACGGGUUCAGCGUCACCAAGCGCGAGUUCCAGCAGACGGGCGCCCUCACGGCCGUGGCCGCGGCGGCCGCGGCGGCGGGGGAAUCGAUCUUUCGCAUCUCCGCGCGCCGCGCCGCGCAGGUCCCCGCCGUCGCCUUCCUGGUCCACGUCCUCGUCGACGCCCUGCCCAUGAUCCAGCACGUGCGCUUCUGCCAGGGCGGCGUGCGCGAGGGCUUCCUGUUCGACACGCUCGACGCCCCCACGCGCGCCCUCGACCCCCUGCCCGCCGCGACCGCGCCGUACGGCACGUCAUCCGCCGCCGACCUCGCCGCGCUGCUGUGGGCCGGGCUGCCCGGGGCGAACCACCUGGACCGCUCCCUCCCGGCGUCCUUCACGCCGUCCCUCGUCCGCGCCGUCGCCGACAUGAUGUACCUGCACCUGCCGCUGCCCAAGGAGACGCGCUCGCUCGCCGCCCUGCACGCCCCCAUCACCGGCGUGCUGACCGCUGCCCACGGCCUGGCGCACGCCGACCGCGCCAUCCUGGCCCUGACGCUCUGCGCGCGCUGGAACGUCGACCUCCCCCCACCGCACGACGCGCUGCACGCCCGCCUGCGCGCCGUGCUCACCCACCAGGAGGGUUUCUGGGCGAACUACCUCGGCGCGCUGGCCGGGCUGGUCGGCGCCGUGUACCCGGCCGGGCGCAUUGUCGGGGGGAAGGACCGUCUCAAACUCGCCGCGCGCUGGGCCCCGGGCCUCGGCAAGAAAGGCCUCAGCCAGGGCGUCGUGCUCGUCGUCCAGUGCCCCCGCCAGGAGAAGGGCGGGGACCCCAUGACCGCGCCCGCGGCCCUGAACCCGUUGCUCCACGAGAUCGAAAAGGUCGGCAAGAAGAAGAACCGCGUCGGCGGCGAGCAUGGCUUUGGCGUCCCCGUGGAGGUCGAGGUGGAGAGGGUGUUGGAUUGA